AUACAACAAAGCAUGAAUUAUCAGGCUGUAUCUCUAGCAUUAGGCCGCUCUGUCUACCCUAUGCUCCGCUCUCUAUUGUGUCUGGGAGGAGGGUGUACUAGUGUUCGGCUUCACUCCCCUUGGCCUUCACUGCAACACAAACCCGGAAACGGAGGGGACUGGGACUUUGUGCAAAGCAGUCUGAUUUUGGAAUAGCGGUUACACUGGAGCAGGGAGAGGGGAAGGAACAUCAAUUUGGAGAGAGUCAGCCAGGAAGCUGCAGGUGACCUGUGAGUCUGUGAGGGUACAAAACAACGUGUGUCUCUGGGCAAGGUAAAUGAGGACUGAAGCUCCAGAUUCGCUGGUCCAGACCCUUGCUCAGCUCUUGAGAGACUAUGGGGACACUGUGUUGGAUGGUAGCCGUGUCCUGUCUCUUCUCACCCCAUGUCUGCAAGUUGUCACCCGCUUGUUUGAACAGCUGUUUCCUCGCGGACCAGGAACUGGGUUCCAGGCUCUACCAGCUCACCCAUCCGACAACGUUCCUAUCCUACGGACUCAGUUCCUUCUUGAUAUGUUACAGAAAACUCCCUCUCUGAAGCUUAUUCAUCCACCAGAAUGUCCUCGUCAGUUUGAUGUGAAUAUUUUCCCAUUUAAGUCUUUAAGAUCUUUGGAGUUACGAUGUCUCCCCCCACAUUGCCUGCGUGGGCUGCGGUGCGUGUACUCACAGCUGGAGGUCCUCAUUUGCUCGCGAUGUGUUACCAGUUUAGAGGAAGUGAUCUCUCUGUGUGGGGGGGAUCUGAGCUCCGCUCUCCCCUGGUUGGAGUUGCACACCCUGAAUUUCAGCUACAACACAAUCCACAGUUUGGACCAGUCGUUGGAAUUAUUGAACAGUCUGAGGAUCUUGGAUUUAAGUCAUAAUCGUAUCAGAGAGUGUGGCUCAUAUUUACAGGUACUUUCUGAGCUUCAGUAUCUGAAUCUGGGGUAUAAUCUUUUAGUGUCUGUACCGGAGCUUGGUUUACAAUCCUGUGCAAAACUCCACACCCUCAUUCUGAGACACAACCAAGUGUCCAGCACCAGCGGACUAGAGCCACUCUCAAACCUCCAACACUUGGACUUGUCUUACAACCUUCUUCUUGAGCACUCACAGCUUACAGGUUUGGCUAAGCUGCACAAACUAAGAAAGUUGUUCCUUGAGGGAAAUCCCCUAUAUUUCCAAAAAGAGUAUCGCGCGCUAACAGCCCAACAUUUGUCCUCUAAAACCUCAAACAAGGUUUUACUGGAUGGGAAGCUGUUGUCGGGAUUUGAGACAGCGAAGUGGGAGAGAAAAAGGGAGGGGACAGGAACAGUCCGCACCUUCACAAAUACACAAGUCUUCAGAGAGAAGGUUGUACUGCCGCACCCAAGCAAUUCAGCAACAGAGAGUUCCUGUACGGGUGAUCUAACGGACAGUUGCUCCACUACAGAGAAAACCACCAAGCGCCUCCCACGCAAGAAAUCCAAGGUAAAAGUCCGCAAGGCAAGUAUCUCUGAACGCAGUGACAGCGAGUGUGAGCAGCGCGGUCAGCCAGCUGCACCAGUUCUGCAGCACCAGAAAGACAUUGAGCGCACUGAUAGUUUUCGGGACCAGUUUGGUGUGGACUGGCUGCAGUAUCGACCUCACCUGGAGAAUGAACUCAGUAAAGACCGCCCCACAAAGAGUAGUCCUGACCCUGCCAGAUAUUCCCCUCCGAUCAUCAAAUGUGUUUCCUCUCCCACGAUACUGCAGACUGCCUCUGUAAGAAACGGACAUUCUCCUGCCUCUCCGAGCUUGAGUCCUGCCCCGUCUAAGCCACCCAGCCCAGUGGUCAGCACCACUGCAGCUGCAGAUCUGCUAAUAGAAAGGAUUGAGGAUGUUCUGGAGGACGGACUUUGGCAGCCACAGAAAGAGAAUGAAAAAGAGGAAGAGGAGGAGAUUGUAGAAGAUGCCCUGUGCUCCCACGUAACAGUGUGCCCUGUACUCAGUGGCCAGCCACGUAAUCCAGACUGGCCGUGGGUCUUCCUGCGUGUUACUCGCCAGUUUCUAUUGGAGAUUGAUCUAGAACGUGGACGGGUUCUGGUCAAGAGAGAGCUAGGAAGCCUGACAGACAUCGAGACUUCUGUAACCCAGUGGACCUGGAAUGGAGAGGAACAGGAGCUGCCAGUCUUGACGCUAAACUUUCACUCUGUGUGUGAGGAUAAGCAGUGUGUGAGCUACGUGGUCCUAGACAAUACACAAGAGAUCUCUAUAAAGACCCUUCUCAAUGUACUAUGUCCAGUGCUGGAAGACAACCGGAGACUGUCUGCUGACUGUGAACAACGUCCUCCUAGCUUACAGUGUCUGAAAUGUAAAACUGCCUUCAGCCAUCAGGUGGACAACGGCGUUAUCCUUAACCCAGACCCUGAGCGUCAGACGGAGGACAAGAUGCUAAACGGCCUGCAUGGUAACCACACAGCUGGCUGUCCAUCAUGUGGAAGUUUCCAUGUGGUCAUCGCCCCAGUACAUCACAGUACAGAUGCUACUCAUGUUCCUGAGGAGCAGCCACCGGCUGGUGCUGAGAGUGGGACACACAAGUCUUUCUAUCUGGGGGAGGAUGAAGGAGAGAGCUCUGAAACUGGAAGCAGCUGUGUUGGUCCCCAAGAAGAAGGGGGAGGCAGCAUCCUUAAUGGCAGUUCUACCUCAGAGACCAAUGUUGGGGGACUCACAGGCAGUUACAAAUACAGGACUCCAACGCCUCCUUUGAGGCAGAAUAGCCCUCCCCCUAAGGAGGGCUGGCAAAUAAGUCCAACAGGUCUUAGUCCAGAUCAAACAUUAGAUUUCCGGCUGAUAGACCAUCGGCUCAAGUUGUACCUUGAUAUGGAGAUCCUGGAAGGGGAGAUGGAGGAAUUCCAGUGUUACAUGAAGGUGCCUAUGGUUCGUUUUGGUAAUCCUGUGGAGGCUUGGGCACUUAUUGUGGUUUCAAAUCAGAAAAUCUAUUUCUUGGAAAUUUCUGGAGAGACCAGGGGUCCACCCUGUGACUGGCUGCAGCCUGGAGAGGCCUAUAGCAUCGCCUCUCUCACCCACUUACACAUUGGCCUCCAGCAACAGAGUUUACAUUUGGGGUUUGAAGUGCCCGAGGCUGCAUAUACCCUACUCACCAGGAACCAUCACUACAGCACAGUCUUCAGCCAGCACAUUCUAGAUACUCUGUCGGAGUUACCCCCACGAUAUCGCAAUGCUCUGCAUUACAAGCCUGAGGAGGAAGUCACCCCGGCUCAUCGUCUUUGGCAUCUCCUACAUGAUAACCUUGGAGCGGGGAGCUGUAGCCCCACUAAUUAUCGCUAUGUGCUUGCAUAUUUACUACGAGAGGAUGUUGGAACUGAUAAAGCUGUUGAUGCCUGUGCUAAUUCAGAUCUGGCUCCGCGUAACACAGCAUCUCCUCUGGCUUUGGCUCAGGGUGCUGCUAAAGCUGCUCCAAUAUCUUUGCUGCUUACUCACACUCAUAUGUACCUACUAGAGGAAACACACCAGUGGCUUCAUAUGCCUCAACCUGCUGAUGAAGGAUCUUCCCAGGAACUACCAGAGAGAGUGAAGCUCAAAGAGAAACAGGCAAUCAGAAGCAUCAGCUCUGUACAUUUAUUCCGCUCAGCACCAUUGCACCUCCGUAUCUGGCUCUAUAAUGAGAUGCAGCAGAAAGAAAGCGCUUGGCUUCUAUGGAUGGAGGACCCAGAGCUACCUCAAGAGAUCGUACAGUGGCUCACAGUCCCGUGGGAAGCUGAGUACCACAUACACUUCAACCAGUUUAUCCAUGAUACACUGGAGUCCUAUUCUCCUUGUACCAGGUAGACCUUGUAAUCAGAAUUACUCUGGCACAGCGGGAUUGUGUUCAGUGGACGUAAUGUGUGGUGACAGGCUGGUGUUCCUGGAUACCUACAGAUGUGUCUCACAAGAGGUGAGGGAUCCGUCUUCGGGAACGUGUAUUGGGACACAGGCAGAGGAAAGAGCGUUGGAAGAUUUUGCACUUUUUUUUGUUGUUGUCAUUGCAGAAAAUUUCUUGUUUUAAAAAUAUGUAAAAUAAAGUUUCUACCCCGUUUUA